CUUGGGAAGCAGCAACAGCAGCAGCGGAAUCAGCAGCGGUGGCGCACUGAGGGGGAAGUUCUUUUUAAAUCUUUGGGCCAUGGCGGAGUCUCAGCUGGUGUGCAUGGAUGAUGAGCACGUUAACGAGAAGGUCCCGGAGUCCAAGCCGGAGUUUUACUACAGUGAGGAGCAGCGUGCGGCCCUGGAGCAGCUGCUGAGGAACGGGGACGGAGCCUUCAAGAUGCGCCUCCAGGAGGACAACACCAAAGACUUCCUAUGCGCCCGGGAGGUCAAAGUUAUCCGCAAAACCUUCCACGAGUACGACACGGACAGCGACUCCGAGUCCGGGGAGCACGACAAGUCCAAGGGCUCCUCCAGCGCGGACUCCGGGGUCCACUCCACCUACUGGCCCGAGAUGUCCGACACAGAGGUCCCGAGUCUGGACAUCGGUUGGCCCGGCAGCAGCGGCGUCUACAAGGGGGUGACCCGGGUGUCCGUGUACACCCACCCCCCCAAAGAGCAGCGACCGCACAUCAAGGCGGUGGUGAGGAGGCUCAUCCAGGAGUCACACAAGGCAGUGGCCAUCGUCAUGGACCUCCUCACGGACCUGCAGAUUCUCCAGGACCUGCUGGAUGCUUCGUCACGGCGCGGCGUGGCAGUUUACGUUGUGCUGGAGGCGAGGGGAGUGCCCCACUUUCUGGAUAUGUGCUCUCGGCUGCAGAUUAACGCGAUGCAUCUGCGGAAUCUACGUGUGCGGAUGCUAAAAGGUGCAGGGCUGGCCCUGUCCUUUGGAAAACUGCCAGGCUCCCUGUGCUCCAAAUACAUGCUGGUGGAUGGAGAGAAGGUCAUGUUCGGGUCUUACAGCUUCACUUGGAGUUCGUCCCGGCUGGACAGGAACAUGAUCACGGUGAUGUCGGGACACACUGUGGACUUCUUUGACAACGACUUCCGGGAGCUGUACGCAGCGUCUGAGCAGGUGGACCUCUACAGAGAGUUCAACAUCACUAAACCGCCUCUUCCUACACCAGUCAUGAAGCCAAAGAUGCAGCACAUCCGGCCUCUGCCCGUCACUACAUCUCGCUUUCAGGUAUCGGUUGGGGACUCCAGGCAGAUUGACCUGAAAGUUCCUGCGCAUAAGUACCACAAUCCCAAGUACUUGCUGGUUUUCGGGAACAGUUUGGGUCUGACGGGUUCGCUACAGGACUUGUCGACUCAGAGGGACUCGCUGGUAGGUGGGUUGAACCAGAGGAACGGUCUGCAGAACGGCUUUCUCAAUGCAAACAAGGAAAAGUUGGACCGAGCCUCCCCACAGAGUCCGGGUUCACCUACAGAGGAGGAUGGAAAAGGAGGUCAGAAGAAGAACCAGGCAGACGGACCCAAAAAGCGCAGCUCCUUCAGGCAUUUCUUGAAAGGCAGAGGAGCCAAUCACAGUACAGAC